AUGGCGGAGCAAUGCCUGGAGUACAUUGACCGCCUUGAGGGAAAGAGAAUUUGUUGUGAGAGAGAAUUCUGGAUCGGUAUUAUAGUGAUUAUAGAUAUCAAAGAUCUUUUCGACACCCUCUACAAUCUGCAGGGUGCCAGGGGAAUUCAUGGUGGAGGUCAGGUCCAGCCUGAAAUUGCCACCAUAUUGCCCGAGAUAUUCAAGAAGAGAAAACAGAACAAACCAGAGGGUGAGGAGACAGUAUAUAGAGUGGUAGAAACACAUGAAAGCCCUCCGCAUAAGGCUACAAGUUGGAGCGAUUUCUCGCAAAGAAAAGGAGCGAGGUCACAAAUGAAAGGGAAGGGUGGAAACUCGUGCGACGAACAAAACGGCACAUCGAUCGAGAGGUCGUCAAAGGUCGUAAAGGUCGUUACUUUGUACGCGGGGGGUCGACGCCAAACAAGACGCGAUCCAAUUGGUAUUAAGAGCUCGAGUGCGGCGACCAUGAUCUCCAAAUUUUCAGACGACUCGGUCGAGAUUCGGUUGCCCAAGUCGUCGGGUAGGCGCAAGCUCAAGUCCAACGCUGCUGCCGCUAGCCUCUCACCGGGUAGCUCGCACACCAGUUAUACUUUUCUUGGGUUGAAGAAGAAGAAGGACUCGUCAUCUCCUACGUCUGGCUCUCCACCAAAGGGUUUCCCGCCUCUCCCCAAGGAUGCAGCAGCCAAGGUCUCGACUGCGAACCAGGCCAAGGAAAAGGAGGCGGCUCCACGCGUCAGUGUCGAGAGUGCCACUAGCCGUGCGAGCAGUGAUAGCAAGAAGAAUGAUUUGUGCGCACUACACCUUGCCGUCUGCGCUGUAGCUUCCGCCUGUGGCGCGGCAAAUGUUUUUGACAAGCUUUUUGAACACGACCCGGAUAUUGUUGGUCCUGUAGCUGGGCAUUAUACUCUACCAACAGACCCAAUUUCGGAUCGGUUUAUUAUUCCAUACUUUGAGAGACGGCUAUUUGAGGAGAGCGUUUAUGUCUCGCCACCCUAG